AGGUAACGGGCCUAGUAAGACGGCCCUGCUCCCGCCGGAGGGAAGGUCACCUUGCCUGAAACAGUCCUCUUCUUUCGCUAGUGACUUCCCUGGCCCGCCUGCUUCCUGUCAAACCCUUCCGUCCGCACAGCAACUCCGAGCAGCCCCUCUGCGCGCCAGAUGGGAUGUGCUGCCUCCCGAGUGCGUCCGGACGGGGACUAGAUCUUCGCAUCUGCCGAGUGGUUCCUGUUCUUCACCAGUGCUCAGGGCUGAAAGGAUGCGCACACCACUUUCUGAAAAGUCACCAGAGUCGCCCAAAGUAGAGCUCCCGCCACGUCCCCGUCGGGCUCAAGGUGUCCCCGGCCUGCCCGAGGCCCUGCGCGCGCCUGCACGGCCGGCCUGGAGCUGCUCCCACGGCCGGGCCUUUCCGACCACAGUUUACCUGAAACACAAGAACCCGACGCUCCGCAGGCUGGUGACCGAGGCAGUGGACAGCUUCCGUGACCCGCAUGGCCCGCGUGUUCGUGUACGGGACCCUGAAGAGAGGCCAGCCCAACCAUGGGGUCCUGCGGGACCGCGCCAACGGCUGCGCCGCCUUCCGCGGCCGGGGCCGCACGCUGGAGCCCUACCCCUUGGUCAUCGCCGGCGAACAUAACAUCCCGUGGCUGCUCAACCUCCCAGGGCAGGGGCGGCGUGUGCUCGGCGAGAUCUAUGCGGUGGACGAGCGGAUGCUGAGCUUCCUCGAUGAGUUCGAGGGCUGCCCCAACAUGUACCAGCGCACCCCGCUGCGGAUCGCCGUCCUCGAGUGGGAAGGCGCGCGUGGGGCCCCCGAGGAGACGCCGGCCGCGGACGGGACCCUGCAGUGCUUCGUGUACAGCACGGUCACCUACGCCCCCGAGUGGGUCCACCUCCCGCACCACGAUGAUUACGACUCCCGGGGGGGGCACGGCCUCCGCUAUAAUCCACGGGAGAACAGAUGACAAGUGCAAGGAUGGCUCCUCCACCGGGUUGGGGGGGGGGUACAGGGGACAGAGCCCCAGUGAUGAGAGGAUGCCCUUGGCCUGGUCUGCGUGCGCUGGGUGCACUCAGUGUCCGUGGAAACAGAGAGUUGUAAAACUCAGUCCGGGAGAAGGAACAAUCUCUCCUUGCAGCUGAUUCCCCCAGUGUUUGACACACUGAUCCCAAGAUUAUGCCUGAAGCCUGUCUAUCCUAUAGCGCUUUGUUGCUCGCUGCUUCAAGAAAGCCAGGGGCUUGAAUCGAUGGGAUAAGGAAAAUCAGGAUCUUAAUUCCCCUAAAUGACAUUUCAAGAACUCAUAUGUCAAAUUUUUCUUUCUUUUGCUUUGCUUUGCUUUGAUCUGAAGAUAACAUUUAAAUUGCAGACUUUGCGUAGCAGCUAGAUGUCAGCAACCCUACUGUAUUGAUUCUAACUUGUAGCAGCAAGAAGAGUUUUUUAAACUGAUUUGGGUUAUCUCACUGUAAUAAAAGAAGCUCAAGAAAAACA